AUGAGAUGCGACUUAGGGUUCCACUGGGCCUGCCAAGCUGUACGUCAGAGGUGUGGUGUGACUAUCAACCAAGCUGUGGUGUGGUGGGGCAAGCUGUGGUGGGGCAAGCUGUGGUGGGGCAAGCUGUGCGCACAUGUGGGCACCUCACUCACACAAAUGCAUGAGCGAGUGCAGCAAGUGAGGUGGGAGCGCGUGAGCGAGUGCAGCGUGGGGGUGUGCAUGGGGACGCCGUGCCUCUUGCUCUGCAGCUGCCACCGCCACUUGCGGGGGCGCAGGCGGAUGGGCAAGCGGAGAGGGUGGAGGGGGGAGAAGGCGAAAAUGGGGAGAUGGGGGAAGGGUAGGGUAGUGCGGAGCGUUGCUGGGGCAGUGAAGAGGUCGGGAGUGGGAGAGGGAAGAUGGGCAAGGGAAGAUGGGGAGGGGAGAUGGGGAGGGGAGAUGGGGAGGGGAGAUGGGGAGGGGAGAUGGGGAGGGGAGAUGGGGAGGGGAGAUGGGGAGGGGAGAUGCGGGAAGUGCAAAUGGGGAGAAGUGCAGCAAGGUCAAUCAUCUCCUCCUCUCUUAUCUCGUCCACUGCUCCCCUUCCCUCCCCAUAUCCUCUCAUCCACCACACCUUUUGGGCAUCAUGGGUGGGUCGACCCUGCUUUGGGAAUGCUGCCGCACUCCACCGUCGGCGCUCGCAACACCACCGGCACGGAAGAGGCGUGA